AUGUCUGAGUCUCCCAAAGAACAGAAGCCCCUGUUAGAUACCAGAAUAGGAAAGGACUCCCCCUUUACCUUUGGUCAGCGUUUUUUGACUGACGAAAAUUCCGUGUUCGACCACAACGCCUGGGACCAUGUUGAAUGGGGUGAAGAGCAGGUCAAACAAGCUGAAGAACUCAUAUCCAAACAGUACGAUCUGCCUGUGAAAGACUUCGACAAGAACCUUUACAACUCGAACCCUGCAAAGUAUUGGGACAUUUUCUACCGCAACAACAGAGAGAACUUUUUCAAAGACAGAAAAUGGCUCCAGAUCGAGUUUCCUUCGUUAUAUGAAGUGACUGGCGCUGACUACAAUAAGCCAGUGACGAUAUUGGAGGUUGGCUGUGGUGCCGGUAACACCUUCUACCCAAUCUUGAACCAGAAUUCCAACCCACAGCUCAAAAUCGUCGGCUGCGAUUACCUGAAAGUGGCUGUUGAUUUGGUGAAGAGCAACGAGAACUAUGCUCCUAACAACGAAAAGGGCGUCGCUUUCUCUUCUGUUUGGGACUUGGCCAACCCAGAGGGUACUCUACCAGAACAUUUGGAGCCUAACUCGUGUGACAUCAUCAUUAUGGUGUUUGUCUUUUCAGCAUUACAUCCAGACCAGUGGAAGCAUGCCGUCAACAACCUCAUGAAGGUGUUGAAACCAGGCGGUCAGAUUCUUUUCAGAGACUACGGGCGCUACGACUUGGCUCAGGUUCGUUUCAAGAAGGGCCGUUUGCUCGACGACAAUUUCUAUAUUCGUGGUGACGGUACGCGAGUGUACUUUUUCACCGAGGAGGAACUCAGAGAGAUUUUCUGUACUGAAGGACCUUUCGAGGAAGAGAAGAUCGCCACCGACAGAAGAUUGCUUGUCAACAGAAAGAGACAGCUUAAGAUGUACAGAAUCUGGCUCCAGGCCGUCUUCCGCAAGCCAUUAGAGCUGGCUGAAGGUAACAACGAUGUAUAA